AUGAAAGUGCGAAAACAACACGGGGGGGAGAGGUAUGCUCUGCCAACACUAACCUCUCGCGCCUUUGCGCGUCCUCCCUCAAUACCUCCGCGAGCACACAGAAACACAAUGCCGGGGGGCGGGGGGUGGGCGAGUGGUGGAACGGGGGGGGCACCCCCCUACUUAGUCCACAUUACCUACCGCUCGGGCCCCAUAAGCCUCGUCCCUCCAACCUCUCGCGUCUCGAGGCCCACUUCGAGCCCCCCAUGGGACUUUUUUUCCACACCUUUUUUAAAAGAAUAA